CGGAUCUCAAAUUGUUUGUUAAUAAAAACAUGUAUAUUAAAAAAAAUAGUUGAAAUGGGUAAAUACAGAGUGGUUCGGGCUAUAUUUAUUCGUUUAGUGUUUGUGGUUCAUUCGCUAUUAGCAAUCGCACAAUUAGUUUAUAUGAAAAAUGACAGGAGGUGGUGGUACUUAUGUUGUCCAUUAUUUUUUAUGAUAUUAGAAACUGUUGUAACAAUGACACUCAGAAAGAAUCUCGAAUGGUCAUGGUUUUGCCCCUCGGUAUUUUUGUAUUUGGCGAGUGUUGUUCCGGCAAUAUGGCUAUUAGAACUGGACAAAGUAGAAAGGCGAAUGAAAGCAUUGGAAGAGUUACCGAUGAAUCUAACAACAGGAGCUCAACUCACGGACAUAAGUAAUCUCAUAGGAAUCGGGGUAGACAUAAAACUUCCCGACAUUUCUUUAAGCACGGAAACGUGGAUAACUCUAAUUGAACAAUUUCUAAUGUUAAUACUCAUAAUUGGUAGAUGGAUGUUGCCAAAAGGUGAUCUCACUAGGGAUCAACUAAGCCAGCUCUUACUAGUCUAUAUUGGAACGGCUGCUGAUAUUCUCGAAUUCUUUGAUUCAUUUAAAGAUGACAAAAUAGCUUCUGAACCAGUAUUAGUACUGCUUACAUUAGCUAUCUGGUCAUGGAGCUUAAUGCAGUUUACUGUAGUUUUAACAGCUACUAAAGCUCGAAAAUCUAGACUUGCUACAACUUCAUCUACGAUUCAAAAAUCAGACAACUGUUGUACAAUAGACGUCUGCAGUAUUUUACUAAAUAUAACACUACAAGACGCCCCUUACCUUGCGUUCAGACUACUUCUCAUCUGUCAUUACAAAAUUAUCACAUAUAUGAACAUUUUCUUCACCUGCAAAAAUACUUUGGUAAUUCUUCUGCAAAUUUAUCGUCUUUACGUUGUUUAUACAGAAAACAAUAAAGAAAAGCCAGAUGACGUAGAACUAGCUUCGACGGUUUCCAUUAUUUCUAACUUAUCCAGAAGUGAUUUAACUUUUGAACCAAAAAGGAGACGAAGACCUCCUCGUUCUCAACAAGCUAGUAUAAAAAGUCAAAGCACGGUUAAGAGUCAUAAAAGUACGAGCAGUAAAAAGAGUAUUGAUACAGGAGAUUCAAGUGAUAGUGAUGGAAGUAGGAUCAGUAGUACCAGAAGAGAAAGGAAGUCGAAUACCAGGAAGGAUACGGGAUACUCGACUGCUAGCUCUCAAACGAGCACUCGGAAUAGCGGCCAUUUACCUCCUUCAAAACCAACAUUAGAUAAUGUGGAUAGAGAGACGAGAAGAAUGAUGAAACAAAAACUUAAACGAUCCGACAGGGAUACUAGAGGUAGAAGAAAAUUGGAAGACGUCUUUUCCGAAGAAAGCGACGCGGCUAAUUUAGAAGAACCGACUUUAAAGAAGAAUAAACCAAAAAAAAACCAAAGCAGAGAAUCGAAAAACGAUAAAAAUUCGACAUUUACUACGAGCGAUCAAUCGUCCGACUGACGUCAUCAAUUAGCCAUAAUGGCUAUAUUUUACCUAUAUUUAUUUAUUUUUAUAUGCUGUCUAUUUGUUAUAUAUUGUGGAAUUAAUUCGGAGGGUCUUGUAAUUGCCAGAGUAAACAGAAAAAAUAGAACAAAGGUAUGAAUCGUACGAAUAUGACAAAGAUUUUUGGUGUUAAUCGUUUUGUAGAUUUCUACAAUAGAUCAAAGUGAAUGUACUAGAAUUGUGGAUAAAUUAAUCAACAGCUAGAUGAAAAAUAGUAUAAGAUGGGCUGAAACUAAUCAUCCAAUAUUAGUUUGCUGUAAUUAUUUAAUGGAAACUUUAGUUUGAGAGAUUUGUUUAGUUAGAUAAUUCACUUACAAUUUAUUAGAAAAUGAUAUAAGCCGCUGCAAGAAUUUAUGGCACUUUCCAGUAUUCUGGCGACAAGUUCCCGUAUUUUUGAAUCUGACAUGAACCCGAAACUUCAACAAAAAGAAGUCUGCAACAUCUAAAUCGAGAGCUACUCUUCAAAAUAUCAAUCAUCGUCGUUGCACCAUCCUGUUGGAACUAUGUACUCUAGUUCUGGUUGAGCAAGAAAAAAAUGCGGGAAUCAUGACUGUGUAACACGUGCCGUCAAUUAUCAUCGUUUUGGCCCACGGCGUUGUCAAAAAGAUAGUCACUGCUUUCGUAGAACCUCCGUUUCUUUCUUUGGUAGCAGCAUCAGGAGCAAAUUUUUAUAGUGGUAAAAAGAAACGUGUCAGUCGAGGGCUAUGUUGAACAUUCCAGCGUUUAUAGAAAUACCAUUGCGGAAAAUAUUGUACCAACUAACAACUUAGCAGAUUUUGGACGGGUUGCAAAGCUUCCUAACGUUCAAAGCGAUAAUGUGUUCUAGUUGUACGAUUAAUAAGCUUAAGUGAUGAUUGUUAAAUAUUGAUAUUAAAAAUUUGCAUUUCAUUAAAUUAUAAAUAUACGAAGAUCGUAUAGAUGCACAAAAAAUUUUGGGAAAAAGUCUGAAAAUAAUCCGAGGACGCUGAAUCUGGCGAAUAGGGUGCAUGGGUUCAAACUUUAAUCCAUUAAUUUUGGCCAUUGGAAAAACGAAUGUUUGAGCUGGAUGAAACAACACUUUCUUCUUAACCAAAUGCGGUAUUUUUUGCUUGAUUUCUUCGCUGAAAUGUUGUAAUAAGUACAUAACACGCGACGCUGAUACUUUCUCCUUUUUUUAAGAAGAAAUUAUGGAAAUGACUCCCGCAUAUCCCAAAAAACCAACGCCAUGACCUUUUCUGCAGAUGGAACGGUCUUUGCCUUCUUUCGAGCUGGUUCUCCCUAUUCACUGCAUUGUUCUGAUUGUUCUUUUGUAUCGGAUGUGAAGUUAUGAAUCCACGUUUUAUCAAUGAUUAUGAAACGGUCGCGAAAUUUCGGUUUUUUUCCGCGAAAAAUUGCUAAACACUCGAUGGCAACAUCUUCAUGACGCUGUUUUCGUUCCAUUGUGAGCAAACGCUGCAUCCAUCUAGUGGACAGCUUUUCAUGUCCAAAUUUUUAGUUACUAUGUAUGCUAGCUCGUGCAAUUUCAGUCGAUGAUCAUCCAGUACCGCUUUGUGAAUUUACUUCAACAUUUCUGGAGUUGUCACCUCAUUUGGUCGAUCUGUACGAUGCUGGUCUUCGCAGAUUGUACGGCCUCGUUUAAGGUCUGCUAUUUAAUAUUUCACUGUUGAUAACGAAGGACUAGUCUAAUCCAGGGUAGAAUAUAGUCCAGCUUUUAUAUUGGUUGAACUAAUACUUUUCAAAUAAAAGGUAAACUUUUUCCAUGCUUACAAAUUCACUGGAAACGUUCACUAUUGAUGGCUAUCGAAAAAAUAUUAAACAACGUGGCGUUUUCAAAAUUUAGUGGUAAUUUCCAAGCAUCCACCGUAAUCUCAGUCAAGAAAAUAUUUCCAGAUGUCUACAUUUUAUAUAUUUAUUUUAUAUCAAAAUAUUAUCAACGAUAAGAGAAAUUGUGAAAAUAUUUUUGUUUAUUUAUUGUUUUAUUUCUAUAUUUACUUCUGGUGAGAAUAAAUAUAUAAACAACA